AUGCUGGGAGAAAUUCUUUACUUUAUUUAUACCAGGAUAAAUUAUGGUAUAUAUUGCUAUUUCAUCUUGCAGUUUUAUCACAAAUAGAUCGUGCUUUUUGAAAUUAUGUUUGCAGGGUUGGCAUUCAAAAUACUCUGCUGGUUAGUCUUUUUUUGCAACACAAAAAACUUAAAUAAAUUUUACAUGGCUCUCGCUAUUGCUUUAAAUAUUUAAAACUGGGUGAUUAUUAAAAAUUACAAGAAAUACAAUAAAACCUUUUCAUCGCUUCAGUUUAUGUACAACAUGAAUUCAUUUUUACACGCUGUUGGAAUGUCUAUAUUUAUUAUUUAUACAAGCGUCAAUUCAAAUAUUAUUAAUGUUAUUUUGGUCUUGGUUUUAGCUAUGCAAUUUAUUACUUUCUCUGAAGCGAAACUAGAAUUGCUUUAUUUUACAAGUCACGGAAAAAUUAAAGGACUUGCUGGAAAGUGGGGCAAAAUCUGUUUCUUCAACUUUUCAACUGCUGUGCAUUUCUUUUCUUACUUAAUGAUUUAUUACUGCUUAUAACAAUUUCCUUUGGGAUAAAGCUUUGUUUAUUUUUCUAUCUUGAGUGUUCUCUUUACUGUAACUUCUACAGUUGCUAUUAAAUUUUAUGUUAUAUUUGGUUCUACAGUGCUUUCGCUCUUUUUUGGAUUAAUCGAUUCAAUAUUCAACCUAAUUCACCUUGAUUACUUCUUUUUUAUAGCUAAUUUUUUCUACAAAAACAGUGUGCUUAUUGAAUUAGGUCCAAGCUUUUUUUACUUCUAAAACUCAAUACUUUUUGCUAUAAAAAUAUACUCUUUUGUUGUUUUUAAUGCCUUCUACGCGUUUAAAGGAUAUUCGUUCAAGGCAGUAGAAUAUACUGCAUUAGGGUCUAGUAUUCUAAGCAUAAUUAUAUUUAUCUAUUAAUCGUACUUAAUAUAUAUAAAACCAAAAAAAUAUGGAUCUGAUACAAUCGAGUUGACCUCCGUUUAGCAACUUAAUCAUUACAUCUCAUUAGAAGAAAAGGAUAAAAAAAAUGUUCAUGUGAGGGAGGUCAAGAGAAUCUAUAUUCCUUAAGUAAUUCGCAUUUAAAUACAAGAAUUUAUGAAGCUCUAUUUAUAUCAUUUCAAAGAAGCACAAAUAUUAUGCGAUAAAGCCUAAAGGAUAUUUUAUUAAGGCAGAAAUACUUACUAAAAAAUAGUAUUCAAUAUAAAUAUGCAGCUUAUUAAUCUAUAAGAACAAAUUGAAAAAGACAAGUAAAUUAACUCCUUUAUUAGAGAAUUUAUUUUCUUUUCUCCGACUCCUUAAAUUGCUGAUAAUAUCAGUCUCAAACUUGCUCAAACAAACAAUUAUGUUAUGCUCACUUGCACGCAGCAAGGAAACAUAACAAAAGAAUAUAAUUAUAUCAACUAAGCUAUUUAUGGUAAGCUGCUAUCCGCGAUAGUCUAUUACAAUAAAAUAUAAGACUACAUGAUUGUAAAUCCAAGACUAGUAUUUUAUGACCUGUACGAAAAUGAGUGA